AUGUCUGGAGAGAUUGUGGUGUCAAUCCUAUCAAGGUUGCCUCCCAAAUCUGUGAUGCGAUUCAAAUGUGUGCAUAAAUCAUGGCAUUCCUUGAUCAUUAGUCCAAGCUUUAUAGAAAAGCACCUAUUGUUGUGCAAUAAACACUCCACCUCCAUCUUUUGCAAGCGUUUUGUCCACAGGGAUAUUAACACCAACGAGAGGGAAGUUGUAUGCUCAUUGAUCACUUUUUCCAAUGAUGAUGAGAAUGACACUCAUUUUGUAGGAGAGGACAUUCACAUUCCGCCUUCUUUUGAUGUUACGACGAGGGGCCAGUUCAUGGAUAUUGAAGUUCUAUUUGCUGCAUCUAUAAUAGGACAUUGUGAUGGAACUAUGUGUAUACAUUUUGGUCUUGGUUCUGAUAAGAUUGUUUUAUGGAAUCCGGCAAUCAAGGACUUCAAGAUUCUUCCGAAGCAGUGCCUUACAAAUGGGCCUCUAAAUUCGAUCGCAUUUGGCUAUGAUCCCAGAUUCAAGGAUUACAAACUUAUAAAUGUUGUGGAUCCUACUGCAGAAGUAAUAGGUGAGCGACUGGUUUUUGAUAUUCCAAGAGUAGAAGUAUACAGCUUGAGUACCAACUCUUGGAGAGAAAUCAAGGCCUGUACUUUAGAAACAGAAACUACUAUGUUCGUGCCAUUUUCAUACCGAAUGUACUUCAAUGGACUUUGUUACUGGAUUGGAUCUGAGAAACAGAAGGAAUUCAUGGAUAGUUAUGAUACGGAUGGUGAGGAGGAAUGGCCUAGGCAGGUAAUCCAGACAUUUGAUAUGAGUACUGAAAUCUUUGAUCAUAUCUUGCUUCCCAAUAGUUUAUGCCGGCCAGCGAUGCGGAAUAUUUUCAACAGGCACGUAAUUUUAUGGAACGAGUCUGUUGCUGUUUUUGGCCUGUAUUGCGUUGGAGGUCCUGGUGCAUACGGAGUUGAUGCAUAUGGACUAUGGGUAUUGAAUAGCUUGGGUAGUGUGAAGGGAUCUUGGAUCAAAAUCUUAACCCUUGAGUUUGAGGUGAUACCGGGCCUUCAGAAGGAACUAGUAGUUUGGAAGAGCGACGAAAUUCUUAUGGUUGCCAGAGAUGGACGCAUAUUCACUCAAAACUUCGAAGCUCAAAAAUUCAAGUAUCUCCCUAUUGACACUGUGCAUCCUAACAAUUGUGAAGCUGUUAUUUGUGUCAAUAGUAUAGUUCCAGUCUCACCUCAUAAGCAAAUCGCUUGA